AUGAAUGAUGUUGAACACAAUUCUUCGUUCAAGUCUGUUAAAAGAGAAGUAUAUAUUAAUGUAGGAAAUCAUGAAUGUAGCGAAAAAUAUUGUUCGAAAUGCGUUCGUAAAUUUUUUCAAGAACAACCUUCGCAUUGGACAAGUGGUAAUUUGGAAAUUGAUAAAAUAAUUAGAGAAUCACAGAAAGGUGCAUGGAGGUUAGAUGUAAUUCUUGAGUGGAUACCAUUUGAACAAUUUUAUAAUCUAAGAAGAAUAGACGAAGGUGCAUUUGGCAUAGUGUAUUCUGCAUAUUGGAGGGACGGACCAUUGGAUAUUGAAAAAAAAGACACAUUUAGCAUCUUUUAUCGUGAAGGCCCUAUAAAAGUAAUAUUGAAAAAGCUUAAAAAGUCACAAAAUAUUUCAGUGGAAUUCAUCAACGAGUUAAAAGUUCACCAUAAACUUUAUUGUCAAGAUUUUAGCACGAAUGUUAUUCGUCUAUUUGGAAUAUCUAAAGAUCCUACGGAUGGAGAAUUUUAUAUGGUUUUAGAAUAUU